ACAACAGAGUUCAACAAGUUUUGUACGCAGGAAGCUGUAUUUACACAUAACACAUUAAAACUAUAAAAUGGGAUGUGACGGAGGUACGAUUCCAACCAGAGACGAAUUAGUCAGAACUAAAAAGAAGCCAGAACAGAAAGAUAAAAAUGCAGAGCUUGUGGCAAAAUGGAAACAUUGUGCUAUAACGCAAGAAACCCUUCGCCAACCCAUCAUGGCUUGUGAAUUAGGAAAGUUAUAUAAUAAAGAAUCAGUACUUGAGUUCCUCCUUGACAGAAGCAAGUUUGAAGUUGCCAGGAAUUUUCAACAUUUGAGAAAUCUUAAGGAUCUCAAGCAACUAGUACUGACAGAUGCACCUAGCACUGGACAACCUAAAGCCGAGAAAGGUGAUGGAUACAUUGAUGUACAAGCUGCAGACUAUAUCUGUCCAGUUGUUGGCAUAGAAAUGAAUGGAAGAUACAGAUUUUGUUAUCUGUGGACGUGUGGAUGUGUGUUUUCUGAAAGAGCCCUAAAGGAGGUGAAAUCUGAUGUCUGUCACAAGUGUGGGCUGGAAUAUUCUGCGGAUGAUGUGAUCAUAUUGAAUGGAACAGAAGAGGAUAGAGAAAGACUUCAAACAAGAAUGGAAGAAAAAAGACUGAAAGCUAAACUGGAGAAGAAAGUUAAAAAGUCACAGAAACACAAAGUGUCAGCAACUGCAGUUACAGAAGACUCAGAUGGACCAAGUUGCAGCAAAGUUCAGAAAAGAGAGACAGAACCUGCCUCAGGAAAAAGUUCAAGCAGCCAGAGUGCAAAAUCUAAGCUGUCAAAUGGACUCUCUGAGAAGCUCAAACCGGCCAGAUCUAAGCCAGAGGAAAAAACAAGCAUUCAGAAGGACAGUAAAACUAGUUCUGUGUAUAAGUCCUUGUUCACUAGUUCAGAUGUGGCCAAAUCUAAGCCCACGGCUCAUUGGGUGACAUACAACCCUUGCUAUUAUUGAGGUACCAUCAACAAAUCACUGGCUUCAUUAUUGCUGUUAAAAUGUGGACCAAACUUGGAAAAGCAUCUGUUAUAAGAAACUACACAAGCAGAAAAGACAUGUUGUGAAGAAAACCCUAUACAUGUGCUCAUUGUGUUUUUUUUUAUUACUCUUGCCCUUUGUUGAAGAGGAUUGUAAAUGAUUUAACAAAUGUCCAAAAGAAAAAUUUGGAAAAAUGAUCGCAUUAGCAGUGGAUGAAAUUUUAAGUCAUUUGUAGUAUGACAAAGCCAUAUUUGAAUGAUAACAUAUGUCAUAUGUGUCCAGUGAAAGUCCUCUGAUUGAUGAUCUUUGAGAAGAACCUAAUGUCCUUGAAGAUUUCUUGUAAUGUGGAAAUUGCAUUCAGAGACUGAAUUGAAACACAAUUUCUUAUGUUGAGAAAAUCAGAAACAGGUGGCAGGUUCAGGUAGUUUUACUUGAUACAAUAAUAACAUUGCCGUAAGAAGUUACCAAAUGUAUCCUGAUGCUAGUUGUACAUAAGUAAUGUGUCUAUAUUCUGUGCUGUUAAACAUAAGAAGCACAAACUCCUUUGAACAAUUCAGGCAAGACAUAGCGCACAUAAAUGAAAAUAGAAGACUACAAGUAUUGCCAAGAUUAUUUAUGACAUUAUUUAAUAUGAUAGGUAAAUAUAUUGUCAUAUAAAUAUAUUGUUAGAGGCGUUUUGUAGGGUUCAAUGGAGGUAUUUUCAGACAAACAGCACUUAGUUAAAAAAUCAUAUCUCAUGAACCUGUCUUGUGCAAUUUAGGUUUGCCAUUCUAGAUAGACCCGGUAUGGUGUAUGCAUGUGUUUUCUGAUAUCAAAUAAAAACAGAGGUUUGCGGGUGCACAUGGUCUUUAUAGCUUCAGAUGUUCUGACUUUUUAAAGUUGUCUAAAUUUCUGAGAAUAUUCAAAAGCUUUCCAUUGAACAGGAAGAGCAAAAAAUGUCAUCUGUAUAUUUUUGUGAAUUAUCCCUGUGGGUUUUUUACCCUUGUUUUAAGGACAAACCUUUGCAAAUAAAG